GCCUGUUCCCCCCCCUACACACACGGAGAGAAAUGUACGUACAGGUGCACUACAGGGUUCACGCAAGCCUCUGGCAGCAGCAAAAAGACCUGCAAUGAUGGACAAUGGACUGGAAUCGACCUCAUCUGUGACUCAGCUCACGCUGCUGACCCAAACAUUGCAUCAGGAAGAGCUGCGUUUCAGUCUAGUGUUGACUCCAUGGGAUCCCCCGGUCUAGCUGUCGACGGAAACAGAAGUCCCCAAAGGGCAAGCAGAUUUUGCACAAAAACAUCUCAAGAAGACGACCCAUAUUGGUAUGUUGAUUUGGGAUAUUCGGUCACUGUCGACCACGUCACCAUCGUCAACCGUCAAGACUUUUUGAUUGAGAAGAUCACGCCCUUCGACGUCCACGUGGGGGACAGGACUGACGUGACUAAGAACCCGAUGUGCGGCGGGCAUCAUCGCUUCUGCCUGACAGAUACCGAGCAUGUUGUCCACUGCCGCGGGAUGAGGGGCAGGUACGUGGGCAUCAGACUCCCGGGGAAGAAGCGAACCCUAUCGCUGUGCGAAGUGGAGGUUUAUGCAGCUACAAAUAUAGCUUGGGGAAAACCAACUGUUCAGUCAGACGUCGCAUAUAACGGGGUUGCCUCCCGAGCGACUGACGGUUGUAGGGACCCGGACUGGAAUAGCGCGUGCUGCACGUCCACUCCGUGCCAGUCGAACCCUUGGUUGCGAGUAGACCUUGGUACCGAAGUCAGUGUCAAGUGGGUGGUCAUCAUCAACCGCCAGGGCAAGACAAGAAGGCGACUUAACCGCUUCGAGCUCUACAUUGGAAACGAAGAACGCGUAGACCGUAACCAACGCUGCGGCGAUGUUAUUUACAUCCCCACUAAUAAGAAUAAGAUUGCCACCAACUGUAACGGGAUAAGAGGGCGAUAUGUGGGGAUCCGUCUGCCUGGCAACAGCCGUACCUUGUCAAUCUGUGAAGUUGAAGUUUAUGAAGGUACGGUGACCAGAAAGAGGACUUCUGAAGUGCGUAGUACCGAGGGCCAGGAUUGUGAAGAACAUCAGGCAGGAGACACCUGGUUAUCUGAUGACGGUGAAAAGAACUGCAUCUGUGAGAUGAAUCAAACAGUGUGCUACGAGGUGAUAUGUGGAGAGAGUGGUGAAGACAAGCCAUUCCUGGGAAAAGACGGACUGUGGACCUGUCCGGAGCCGGCCGCUGAGGAAGAGGAAUCCGGUACGGUUACCGGAAAGAGGACCUCUGAAGUGCGUGGUACCGAGGGCCAGGAUUGUGGAGAACAUCAGGCAGGAGACACCUGGUUAUCUGAUGACGGUGAAAAGAACUGCAUCUGUGAGAUGAAUCAAACAGUGUGCUACGAGGUGAUAUGUGGAGAGAGUGGUGAAGACAAGCCAUUCCUGGGAAAAGACGGACUGUGGACCUGUCCGGAGCCGGCCGCUGAGGAAGAGGAAUCUGACUAAAUUCCAAGCUGAUAAGAGUCAGCGCUGUUCAUCGCUUGAAGCGCUCAGCAACUGAUGGAACUGUCCAAUGAGACUCAACCUGGUGUGCCUUACGAGGGUAGUUUAAUUAGGAUUUCGCCUGCCUCCUUCUGGUUAUUGUAGAAGACCUAAAUUUCAAACGUACAGAUAUCCAUAAAUGCCAUAUACUUAUUUUGGAACUUCCGAAAGUUUCUAUCAGGGUCGCCAAUAUACGAGGUGUGUAAAAAGUGCUUUUAAAGACUAAUUUCACCAUGACCAACAGCAAUUAAAGUUUUGCACACUUAUUACCUAACGAUAUGCAACAAGUGUCGUUAUCUUAUAUGUCGAAUACAUCAAACAAUAACCAGAAGUUAUAGGUCAGGAGAAUUUUUUAUUGAAAAGCUUUAUACCUAUCAUUUACUUUUUCCGAAUAACUCUCUAGUCCCUUUUUCUUGCAUUUAGUUUUAGAUAUGGACGCUAUUUGCAACAGCUAGUUUUCUGUGGCCUACGUCAAAUCUACGUUGUCUCAUCAAAUACUUGCCUUCUUUCCUCCCUCCUUUAUCAAGUAUCGUAAUUGUGAUCUUUUUUGAUCUUCUAAACUAGAGGCUGUUCAUUUGGUGUAUUCAGUGUAUCUGACACUCCAUUUUAAAUUUCUUGCACACUUCUAUACCCUUCUUUAUUAAGUAUCAUAAUGGUCAUCUUUUCUGAUCUUCUAAACUA